AUGGGCAACCCAUGCACACAGGAGGAUCUUCACUUUUUCUAUGCUUCCACGACCAUCACUCUUGGCAAUGGCUCGAAAACACCGUUCCGGGAUGCGUCAUGGCUCCUUGGGCGCAAGCCAAUGGACAUCGCAUCGCUGAUUUUUGAAGCCUCGUGGAGGAAGCACAGGAAGGUGCGUGAAGCUCUAAAAGAUAAUGUUUGGAUCUUCACGAUAAACCAUAACACUGUCAUCUCCGGGGCCCACAUCUGGGAAUUCUUCACUCUUUGGAUGCUUCUUCGUGAAGUCCGACUGGACGACUUUCUUGAGGACGACAUUGUGUGGAAGCACUCUAGUGAUGGCAUUUAUUCUUCCUCCACCGCUUACAAGGCGCAAUUCCUAGGGAUGACUCUCUCCCCUAUGGAACGCAUGCUAUCAAGAGCUUGCAAGCAACCUGACACCCUCACUAGCCCAGAAAACGUAACGGCAAAACAUAUGGAUCAUAGCAAGAACUGCGGCCAUGGCCUCACGGAGAUCGUGGCGCUCAUACAGCGGGAGCAGGAGCUCGUGACGCAGCUCCGGGCGCUCAUCCUUCCACAACUCCACAACGUGGAUAGCAGGUCGGCCGAGCUCGCCGUCCAGCUCUUCGACGACGUGAUCGGCUGCAGCACCAGCGUCGUAACAAAGCUCUUCAGUGCUGGAAGUGGAAGUCGAGCGACCAUCGAGGUCAUCGACGACAAGUCCUUGGUGAGGAAGAACAGUACUAGUACUGCUGCUGCUGAUAUCGAUGACAAGAUGGAAGAACAGGCGAGGCCUAGUUCCAUCGUUGGUCGAAAGAGAAGGAGGAACGACGACAAGCAAUCAAGAUCACUCGUGACCAAUGCUCCGCAUUAUGAUGGUCACCAGUGGAGAAAAUAUGGGCAGAAGAACAUCAAUGGAAGACAACAUGCUAGGAGCUACUACAGAUGCACCUACACAGAACGUAACUGCUCAGCAACCAAGACAGUUCAGCAACAAGAUCAAGAUGGAGGCAGUUCUAUUUAUUCCACAGACGAUUGUGAGGUUCGGGGUGCAAAGUACACUGUCGUGUACUACGGUGAUCACACAUGCAAGGACGGCGACAACAUCAGUAACAACAUUAUCGAUCAUCUGCCCAAUCUUGUAGAUAUAGAUCUUCCGAGGGGUGAAACAGAGCGAGUAACGGAAGAAAUUUCAGAGUUCGAGGUGGACCUAGAUGUGCCGGCUCUGCUAGAGGUGUUCAACAAUUCUCAGCUUAAUUGGGAGAUCGUAUGCUAG